AUGCCACCGGUAGCGGGAGUAAUAGAUGUCAUGAAGAACGAUACUAUAAGAGACACAGCUACCAAUGAAAAACAAACGAUCAUAGAGGACUCUCAAAUGGAUGACACGUCGCAAUCUUCGAGUGACGACAAGACAAGUGAUCCGCAAAACAUUCCUCGUCAGUUGGAAAUCGAAGACCAAGGGACAGCCUCGCAAGACGAAACUACCCCUUCGUUACCAAUGCACGAUCAUCAUACUCAGCAACUAGAAGAACGCGUCAGAGAGUUGGAGACCAAGCUAGCUACCCUCUCGCUUCUUUUGGCGCCACAGAAGCGAAAGCGUCGUCUGUCACAAAACAUUCUCGGCAGUACUUCACCGCCCACCACGCCACCGUCAGCUGACGAAUCGCCAUUUCACCCCAUUCUUGACUCUCCUGCUCCUCUGCGCAUUCCCAUUUCGGAUCACAAGCGAAAUCUUAGCUAUCAAAUACUGCAUGAAGGCAAUAUUUUGCCUAAUGAAAUCAUGACGCCUGAUAGUGAAACGGAUUUGAAAGUUGAUCGUGGCAAUACUAGUAUUACCCCCAAGACUAUUUCCGAAGAGCACUUUGCUACUGCCUUGAAGUUAACCACUCCGGCAGACCUCAAAGAAAACAAAGAGCGUCCGACUCCCAAACACUUGGAUUUGGACACUCCCAAGAAUGGGGUCAAGACCGACAUGAUUAAGAGCAAAUGGCUCGAAUACCUGAAUAGCUUUCAAGAAUCGAACUAUGAUGUUGAUUUGCAAAUGGAAGAAUUUGUCAAAAUUCCAGGAGCGGUGGAAUCCUUGCUUGGAUUUGGUUUUUGGAUCUGCGUCGAUUCCUUCCUUUACGUCUUGACGGUUUUACCCAUUCGAUUCAUUUGGAGUAUUUUGUUGCUGUUGCGGUACGGGAUCAUUCGAACUUUCAAACAGGAGGUCCCAGUGGGUCCCUUUCGAUUUCACCGGAGACACUCCUAUCAAUUGAUUCAAGUCGCUAUCAUAUACACAAUCUACAGGUUCAUUCUUCUCCCCAUCAGUAUUGGGAAAUUGUAUCACUGGAUUCGAGGACAAGCUAUGAUUAAGCUGUAUGUGAUUAUUGCCAUGCUGGAGGUAUUUGAUCGGCUGUUGUCUUCGUUGGGGCAGGAUUGUUUGGAAUCAUUGUAUUGGAAUACCACGAGACGACCGCGAAGUUCUCGUCUGUUUGUAUCGGUCGCAGUGGUGCUAGUGUACACGACGCUUCAUAGUUUCCUAUUGUUUGUCCAUGUCGCCACUUUGAAUGUGGCCAUGAAUUCAGAUGACCAGGCUCUAUUGAGUUUGUUGAUUGGUGGAAACUUUGCCGAAAUCAAAUCGACGGUCUUCAAAAAAUACAACAAAGCCACCUUGUUCAAGAUUACAGCCAGUGAUAUUUGCGAACGAUUUAAAUUGGCCCUCUUCUUGACAUUGGUGCUUCUGCUCAACAUGUCCCAAGGAAUGGAUACAACCAUGGUGAUGAAUUACUUUCACAUGUGCGCGAUAGUUUGGGCGGCAGAGUGGUUGUCGGAUUGGAUUAAACAUUCCUUUAUCACCAAAUUCAAUUACAUUUCCAGUGGAAUCUACCCCGAAUAUGGACUGCUACUGGCUGGAGACUUUAAUGGAAUUGGUCAUGAGGGCGUCAAUAUGGAUCACUCACACGCAGUGGUCAAGCGACUGGGAUUUGCGCAAAUGCCUCUGGUCUGUGUCUUGUUUCGGUAUCUCCAGGAAGCCUACAAGUAUGCGACCUAUGACAAUUGCCCUUCCAAUUUGGUGAUUGGACUGGUGUUGGUUAGCAUAUGGUUUGUUUUGUUGCUGUGCAAGCAAGUACUGGGCAGCGUUCUGCGCCGCAUCUCGCAUCAAAAGUUAAAAGCAGCCCCUGAAUUCUGCUCGAACAAUGCUAAGGUGGCGAAACGAAAAGUGGCAUAA